CCCGAGAGGCCCCAAGAGGCCCCGGCCCGGCGGCGGCGGCGGCCAUGGCCGGGGGGCCGGGCCCGGAAGACCCCGCGGUCCCCGGCGCCCAGCACUUCUUGUACGAGGUGCCGCCCUGGGUCAUGUGCCGUUUCUACAAAGUGAUGGACGCCCUGGAGCCAGCUGACUGGUGCCAGUUCGCCGCCCUGAUCGUGCGCGACCAGACCGAGCUGCGGCUCUGCGAGCGCUCCGGGCAGCGCACGGCCAGCGUCCUGUGGCCCUGGAUCAACCGCAACGCCCGUGUGGCCGACCUCGUGCGCAUCCUCACGCACCUGCAGCUGCUCCGUGCACGGGACAUCAUCACGGCAUGGCACCCUCCCGCCCCGAUUCUGCCCCCCAGCACCACCGCCACGAGGCCCAGCAGCAUCUCUGCACCCUCCAAGGCCGAGGCUCCCAGCCCCCGGAAGUUACACUCGUCAGCCUCCACCCUCCUCUCCCCAGCUUUUCCAGGUACCCAGACUCAGUCUGAUCCUGAGCUUGGCCCUGUCCCAAACUCUGCUGCCCUCCUGCCAGCACCGCCAUCGCCAGCGCCUUCCUGUACCAAGCCAAGCGCAGAGAGCCCACUGUCCCUCCUGCAGGGGGCACACUCCUCUUCGUUCUGCUGGCCCCUCCAUGAGAUUUGCCAGGGCACACACAACUUCUCCGAGGAGCUGAAGAUCGGGGAGGGCGGCUUUGGGUGUGUGUACCGGGCAGUGAUGAGAAACACGGUAUAUGCUGUGAAGAGGCUGAAGGAGGAUGCAGACCUGGAGUGGACCACAGUGAAGCAGAGCUUCCUGACUGAAGUUGAGCAGCUGUCACGGUUCCGUCACCCAAACAUCGUAGACUUUGCGGGCUACUGUGUUCAGAGUGGCUUCUACUGCCUUGUCUACGGUUUCCUGCCCAAUGGCUCCCUGGAAGACCGCCUCCACCUCCAGACCCAGGCCUGGCCCCCUCUCUCCUGGCUUCAGCGACUGGAUAUCCUUCUGGGCACGUCCCGGGCAAUUCAGUUUCUACAUCAGGACAGCCCCAGUCUCAUCCACGGAGAUGUCAAGAGUUCCAACGUCCUUCUGGAUGAGAGACUGAUGCCCAAACUGGGAGACUUCGGCCUGGCCCGUCUGAGCCGAUUUGCAGGGGCCAGCCCCAGCCAGAGCAGCGCCGUGGCCCGGACUCGGACUGUGCGCGGCACCCUGGCCUACCUGCCCGAGGAGUACAUCAAGACGGGACGGCUGGCCGUGGACACCGACACUUUCAGCUUUGGCGUGGUCGUGCUGGAGACCCUGGCUGGUCAGAGGGCCGUGAGGAUGCACGGUGCCCAGACCAAGUAUCUGAAAGACCUGGUUGAAGAGGAAGCCGAGGAGGCUGGGGUGGCCCUGAAAAGCGUCCAGACCACACUCCAAACAGGUCUGGCUGCAGACGCCUGGGCUGCACCAGUCGCCACCCAGAUCUACAAGAAGCACCUGGAUCCCAGGCCCGGGCCAUGUCCACCUGAGCUGGGACUAGCCCUGGGCCAGCUGGCUUGCUGCUGCCUGCACCGCCGGGCCAAGAGGAGACCCCCCAUGACCCAGGUGUACAAGAGGCUGGAGAAGCUGCAGGUGGCAGUGGCGGGGCCGUCCCCGGAGCCAGAGGCCGCCAGCCGCCACCCCUCUUCCCCGCAGGAGAACUCCUACAUCUCCACCACUGGCUGCACCCUGAGCAGGGGCAGCCCACGACAGCCCCUGGCCAUGCCCUCGGGAGCCCUGGCCCAGGCAACAGAGCGGCUUCAGAAAGGCACCAACCAGCCAGUGGAGAGUGAUGAGAGCGUGUCUGGCCUGUCUGCUGCCCUGCAUUCCUGGCACCUGACCCUGAGCUGCCCCCCAGGCCCAGCCCAGCCAGGCAGCCCCAAGCAAGGGGCGGCCGAGUGGGCACUGGCACCCCUCGGGCAGGCUGGCUAUACUCAAGAGGGCGCCACCCGAGAGUCAGGCUGGGGGAGCAGCCCAGGGCUUCAGCCCACAGCCGUGGAAGGCUCACUCCUGGGCAGCUCCACAUCAUCGCGGCCCCCGCAGAUUGUCAUCAACCCAGCCCGACAGAAGAUGCUGCAGAAGCUGGCCUUGUACGAGGAUGGGGUCCUGGACAGCCUGCAGCUGCUGUCGUCAAGCUCCCUCCCAGGCGUGGGCCCGGACCAGCAGCGCAGGCAGGGGCCUGAGGAGAGUGAUGAAUCUCAGAGCUGACCAGCUCACCUGGGCACUAGACCCCCAAACCCGGAAGUCACAGUUCUCAUGGUCAGAAGUUCUCACGGCACACGAACCGUUGGCAGCUCGCGGGCGGCGGGGCAGGGGCUCCAGCCUCCCGUGGGAGAGCAGGUGGUGGGCCCUGCUGCUCUAGGGCUUUAGGCACAGACAGGACUCAGAGCCCCCCGGGCUGGCUGCUGCUAGCCAUUGGCAGGGCAGGACAUCUGAAAGGUCUGCCUUCAGUCCAGAAUUUUCAGGAGAGGAAAGCCGAUGUCAUUGGAGGGCCAUGGCAAGGAGAGUGCAUGUCCUGAGGGUGCUGGCUACAGGAGCCAAGAAGGAGAGGAGAGUGGGGCCGCAGGUCCAGUGGGACAGAGUGGGGAGCCAGCUCCCCCGAGGGUCGGGCAGGGCGACUGCCGUCCAGGCCUACAGCAGCAGCCCUUAGCCCUUCUGUUUGGACUUUGCUGAAGCCCUGGGGGAAAGCAGCCACUCUGAAAACAGAGUCGCUGAGACCCAGGGCCCUACCAGCCGCGUGUAAUUUGGAAAAGGAAAGGUGAGCUGUGGCUGUGGCUGUGGCUGUCAUGCGGCUCAGUCCUCUAGCUAGAAGAGAGAGCUCUGAGACAGCCCAGAGAGUCUAGCGCCGGCUCCUGUCAGGCCGGUGUCUGCAGGCUUCGCCGGGGACGUGGGGGCUAGCGUAACAUGGCUGCCUACCAGCCAGGCCACCUCUGGGUGCUCCAGAUGGGCACCCAGCCAGGUCAGGCUCCAGAGGCCACAGGCUCAGCCUCAGGCCCAGGCACUGAUUGUGACUGAGGGGCCACUACCCAAGGUUUGACUGGGCCCAAGGCCUGUGUUACGCAGACAAUGAGAGUCCCCGAGAGGGCAGGAAGCUGGGAGAGAGGGAGGAAGAAGAGAAUGGGGCUCAGGUUUUUAGGAACAAGCCAGGUUUCCUGUGACUGAGUGUCUUUGAAAGUCGCCCAGGGCUGUAGCCCCGGCUUACGAUGAUUUUUGUCUGCAAAGGUGAGUCACACUACAUGCCGCACAGCACCAGGCCUGGUGAGGCCCAAGUUGUCCUGGGGCGGCAGAGCUUAAGUUCCGAUCUCUGGCUGUGCCCGUAGGCUUUAUUGCACUGAAAGCCUUGAGCUUUUCCAGUGCUUUUCAUCUCAGGGUUCUCGACUGUCCAAAUCAAAGCACCAACCUCCCAGCCCCAGAUCCUCUGACGAGUCUUGUUUCCACUCCCACUGAGGCCCCCAGACUGGUGGCUCAUUCACAACACUACUCACCAACAGUGUGUUCACGGGUUGUUAAGUGUUCCCUCUGUAUUUGAUGGAUUUUGACACUAUUGUAAAUGGUACAUGUUUCACUUUCUAAUUGAUCAUUAGUAGUGUAUAGUAGUAUGAUUACGUUUUGUAUAUUGGCUUUGCAUUCUAUGACCUUGCUUCAAUUCACACAUUAGCUCUAGUAGUUUUUUGGUAAAUACCUUGGGGUAGUUUAUACACACAAUCAUCUCAUCUGCAAAUAAACAGUUUUGCCUUUUCCUUU